AUGGAUCUCGGGCUAAUAGGCAGGCUCAUUGGUAACCUUGCGGUUGCCGACAACGAUACCCUGGGGGAGGAGGACGACACAGAUCAAAGCACUUCAGACGAGAGUGACUGCGAGGAUUUCAGCUUCCUGUCUAAUGGUGAUGCUCCGACCGAAACCAUCACGAUUAGACCAUCCACAACACUUAGCGACCUUCGAGAUCUCGUUGCGCAAAGGACAGGCGUCCGAAGCGGAGACCAACACCAUUUCCUUCAUGACAGAGAAAUAACUCGACUCCGGGAUCCCACCACCGAACACACCGUGAGUAACGGCGACGUCAUCACGCUCCGAAGCGGCCUAGGAGAUGCAACAACCUCGGCCAUCUCUAGGCGUCGCGGGAACGAGUUUGAGCGGUAUCAAGAACAGCAGUUUACUCUUGCGUUUGAAACCAAGGAAUGCAAGCGCGGCCAUGUGCUCAUGAUGUCGUGGGCCGAGACUGACCUUCCCGCCAAGGAUAUCAAGGCCGAAGAAGACUCCAUCUGGCAAGCGUUUGGGGGGAGUGGAUACGAUAUUGAGGGGUUCAAGAUCCCUAGCGGCCAGUCUCAACUCCGUGUCCAACAGCGCGUUCGCAAGUUUGUGCGUAAGGCCGGACCGGAUUCCUUGCUCAUUCUCGUCUACUCAGGACAUGGCGGCUCUGAUCAUAGCCUGGGGCUUGUCUUCUCGGGAUAUGGCUCUUCUGAUGACUACCGGCGCCGCCCUGCCUUUGAUGGUCGAGAAGCAAGUCCCAGUAUCUUCACCUGGGCUUCGAUCAGAGACGUUAUCAUGGAAGCCGGCGGCAACGUCCUUCUCAUCUUUGACUGUUGCCACUCAGGGGCGGCCACAUCGGGUCUGGAUUUCGGCGCGGCGUCUUUCGAAUGCAAGACAGGAGUCAAGCACUUGAUAUCUGCAUGUGCAUGGGAGUCUACAUGUAUCAGCGGCAUGAUCCCGGCCAUGUGCGAUGUCUUUCGCUGGCAUAGAGACGCGGAUGCUGCCGUGCCCUUGAAGACUUUGGAAUUGGUUACCCUAACGCAGAAGCUUAUAGAAACCAGGAACCACCAGAAGAGGCUGACGUUUUGGAAUCAGGGCAGCUCCGGGCUCAUGUCGCAGAUUUCGUGCCACCAACUCCAGCCGCUGCACCCUGCGAAGGACAUUUAUCUGCCGUCCAAGUUCAACUGA